GAACAGAGCAAACCAAGCAGAAAUGAAGAUAAUUAUUGUUUGUUGUUUAUCAGUAGCUUUAUUAGCUACAUUGAUCACCAGUGUUCCAGUCAAUAAUGCUGAAAUUGAACAACAAUCACGAGGUGACGUUACUGAUUUUAUCUAUGAAAAUUUAUUGUCAAAUUUAUUUACUGGAUUUGUUCAAACAACUAUGUCAUCAUUAUCUUCAUUUAUAAACAAUAUAAUACAAACAAACCCACUUGGUCUUGGAAAACGUUCGACUGAUGAACAAUUGAGAAUUGAUAUUGGCACAUUUUUAUAUGACAAUGUUCUUGCCAAUUUAUUUUCAGGAUUAGUUAAUAACGCAUUUGGUUCAAUAGCAGGAGUAUUAAAUAAUUUGAUCACAACAAAUCCGUUAGGAGUUGGAAAACGAGCAAUCAGUAUUUGGGAUUUUCUCUACGAUAAUAUUGCUGCACCAUUAUUCACGGGUUUAGUUUCAAACACUGCCGAUCUUCUACAAAAUACUUUAGUCAAUUUAAUUACAUCAAACCCAUUAGGAGUGGGACGUCGCUCACUAAAUAGUGCCCAACAAAUUGUUGAACAAUCAAUUGCUAAACUCGUUGCACAAUUUAAAUUAUUUGCAGAUGAAGCAUUAUCAGCACUAGCCAAUAAUGACAAACAAAAAGUACAGGCAUUAGUAAAAUCAAUGAUCAAUUAUGUCAAAGUCAAUGUUGCACAAUUAUCUCAACAAUUAGGAAACGAAUUAAUGGGUGCCAUUCCAAGUGAUGUUGUAGAAAAAAUUGAUCAAGUAUUGGAAGUAUUACGUACAGUGUUCAUCAUGUUCUCAAGCAGUCUUGGUUCACUUGGCCCUGUCAUCGGUCCAUUUCCACAAUAG